GAUGAGUUAGAUUUCAUCAUUCUCCACCAACACCGACAAAGCAGAUAUAGAGAGGUUCAUCAAAUUCUAUGUUUGCAGAGCUCAUUCUAGUUUCCUGUUUGCUACUUAUUUCUUAAUCAUCACUUUACGUAAUACCUAUCCAUAUACAGAAUGCACAGCUCAGAGAGUACAUAAUACACGUACCCCAAACCAAUUGCCUCGCCUCAUAAAAACAAGGCACCACCACACACAAGACAAACCCAACUAGUCAUAGGAUAGGAACCUUCCUUCCCCUUCCACCAUAAUCUUCCGUUACAAUACCAAUAAAACCCACCUCUCCAACUCCAACUCAACUCGACACCCAAAACAGAAAACAAACACCAAAACCCUUCUCCUGACUCCAUCAUAAUUUCUUAUGGACAUCACCAACAAAUACAAUCACCAUAACCACAAAUCCACCAACUAUGCUGUCAGCGGUAAGAUUAUGCUCUGCUCAGUCAUCCUUCUCUUCAUCGUCAUCUUCACCAUCGCUUGCUUCCACAGCUACGUCCGCUGCUUCUUCCACCGCCACCACCCACGCCGAACUCGCCGCACACCACGCCAUCUCUUCCCCCACCCUGUUAUUUCUUUCACCACACUCCUCGAAACUACCCUCUCUCCCACGAAUCCCAAGGCCUUGGAUCCCUCUCUUCUCAUGACCCUCCCUACUUUUACUUACUCCGCCACCACCCGCAUCAACCCAGCACCGCUAGAGUGCGCCGUGUGUUUAUCUGAGUUCGAAGACCAAGACCAAGGCCGUGUAUUGCCCAAGUGUAACCACACCUUCCAUUUAGAGUGCAUAGACACUUGGUUCCAGUCUCAGUCCAAUUGUCCACUCUGCAGGGCUCCGGUUCAACCCGAUAUUCCGCUUCCUAGGCUGGAAAUUUCGCCUGAAACGGCAAUAACAGUGAAUGAACCGGGCUGUUCGGAGCAUGAGACGGCUGAAGCUAAAGUGGGUUGCUCGAGAUGUUCGCCGUCGACGAGUGGUUCGGCGGAGGAAUAUGGGAGAAAGCCAAUAAUGGAAGUGGUGAGUAUGUCUGUAUCCCGGGAGGAGGAGGUGUCGUAUUAUCUUAGUCGUAAUAAAACAAUUAGGGAUAGUAUUGAUGAGAGGUUGAGGAGGGGUUUAGGUUCACCCAAAAUUAUUAAUUACAAUGGCUUCAAAUCCUCAUCGGGCAGUCAGAUUCCGUCAUUGAAGAGGAUUUGGAGCAUAUAGAGACAGAAACAGAAUACCUUAUCAAUUUGGAUUUUUGGUAGCUAGUGUGUGUAAUGUGCUAGUGUUAGGGAUAGUUUGGC